UUCAACUUGUGCUGCUCCAGUUUGUUGCGAGAACUCCUCUCUGCUGUGGAAACGAAGGACGCGCAGUUCUGGAUUUUGGUUUGAUUGGCAGAAAGAAGGAUGGAGUUUCUGACAGGGAACCCGUUUACUACACCGGUUGGCCAGCGAAUAGAAUAUGCAACCAGCUCCAGUCUGCAGUCGGAGGACUGGGCCCUCAACAUGGAGAUCUGUGACAUCAUCAACGAGACAGAGGAGGGGCCUAGAGAUGCAUACAAAGCAAUAAAGAAGAGGAUUGUGGGAAACAAGAACUUCAGAGAGGUCAUGCUGGCAUUGACUGUACUGGAAGCGUGUGUGAAGAACUGUGGCCACAGGUUCCAUGUGUUAGUCUCAACCAGGGAGUUUGUUGAGGGGGUUCUGGUCAGGGCCAUCUUACCUAAGAACAAUCCCCCUCUGGUCCUGCAUGACAGAGUGCUCAGCCUUAUACAGGCGUGGGCAGACGCAUUCCGCAGCUCACCAGCUCUGACGGGCGUGGUUUUUGUGUACGAGGACCUGAGGCGGAAAGGACUGGAGUUCCCCAUGACUGAACUGGAUGGAUACUCCCCCAUUCACACUCCAAAUAGGACUAUGCCUGAUAACGGGCCUACUGUCACUGUAUCUGCUACACCCUCAUCUCCCAGGCAUGUACCCAUAUCACCCCAGCUUCCUGCAUACCAACAGAGCGAGCAGGGACCCCUCACCUUCACACCUUAUCAGGUUAAAAAGUUGAAGACAGACCUGGGAGUGGUUCGAGGUAACCUGACAGUGAUGUCAGAUAUGAUGUCUCAACUGGAUCCAGCAACAGCCAAGCAUUCAGACACAGAGCUGCUUCAGGAGUUGUAUGCAGCAUGUAAGGACAUGCAGGAUAAGAUAAUGGAGCUGGUCCCAAGACUCAGUGAGGAGAAGCUGACCGAGGAGCUGCUGGUUGCCAAUGAUGAAAUCAAUGCCACCUUCACUCGCUACCAGAGGUUUCAGAGACAAAGAGCUACACAGCAGAGCCCGACCUACGUCAACCUUAUUGACCUCAGUGCUGCAAUCAAGCCUGUUGCUACAGCUCCCACCCACUGCCAUCUCAGCCGAUCAACAGUUGACACUGUGUCUAGUCAGAUGACAGGACUCAGUAUGAGGGAAUUUGAUGAAUUUGCACAGAACAGGAGCAUCUCACAGACACAACAGAGACCGAGUGAGCGGAAUGAAGGCGCUGCCGACAGUCUGGCUCAAGCUCAGAACACCAGAUUACAGAACACUGGAACGGAUGACAGCCCAGACCCCACCCACCUCAACUCCUCACCACAGUUUGAUUGGAUGAUGGAAAAGGGAAUGAUCCCUGUGAGUCAGACGUCUGUGAUGGAUGACCUUGAGAAGUGGCUGGAUGUGGAUGAGGAGGACGACAUGGCUGAUUCAGAGGGUGUGACAAGUGAGGAAUUUGACAAGUUUCUGGCAGAAAGAGCGAGAGCAGCAGAGCGACUCCCAUCCCUGAAAGCUUCUUCUCGUGACAACAACCACUGAGUCAUAGGUCAAGCCGCAACCUGCCACAUAACCAAUGCCAUUUUCCCAAAUAGUGUGAGAGAACUGAAUGUAUGAUUGGCACAUACAGUGAGCAAAUGACUGGUGGGAACAAGAACUCCUGAAAAUCGGGGUGUGCUACUGACACUCAGGUACACUACAGUACUACUUUAUGUUCAACUCUCCUGGGUUAAGGUCUAUCUAAUAUGUUUAAUGUAUAUUUUUUAUGUUAAGGCUAAAUUAACAUGGACCAAGUGUUUUUAACUUACUCUAAAAGAGUGCUUUAUGAUAAGAACUUAAAUCGUCCCAUGCCACUGUAUAUGGAUAUCCA